AUGCAGAAACUCUUUCAUCUCUUCGCUGGAGCCAUCUUGGCCACUACCACUCCCGUUCAAGCCUUUCCGUCCUUGGGCGGACUCAGCCCCCGAGACGUCUUUGUUCCUUCGACAACAUGCAAAGAUUUUGUCGUUGGAAAUGACUUGAAGUUUUACGGCCAGGUCUGUGUCGGCAUAUCUGACGGCAUGGUGACCGUGACCUACCCGGUUUUGACAACCGGCACAUACUCCGACAUCCAUGUCUACAUCGGCACAACCAUGCCCACCGAAACCUCCCCUGGCCAGCUCCCAUACACUCUCGGCAAUAAAGCCUGCUCCCUUUCCACAGACAAAACUUCCGCUACUUGCCGAAUCCCUGUCCAAGACUCGUGGCGUGCGUGCGAUAUGAAGCUCUACAUCGCUACACAUGCCUCUCUCACCGCAGGGACAGGCUGGGGAGCAGGUCCCUGCUACGGCAAAUCAAACGGCAACUGUGCAAAAUAUUGGACUUUUAACACCAAAUGCCAGUGCCCAGUGGUCAUCAACUAUGAACCCAUCACCUCUACGACUACCUGCCUCACUACGAUCACAAACAUCGUCACAUCUAUCGUCACCCCCCCGCCCACGACUACAACUACCGGAUGCGACGACCCGAACCCUGGUUCGCCCACGUCUACGAUUACUUCUACCACAACUACAUCGGUGGACUUCACCUGUCCGGUGUAUUAUCCUGCCGCUGAGUAA